UCAAAAACAUCCUCAAGUGCCCUGGUUUCUAUACAAGCCACUCAAGGAACUGAGACAUCCCCAAAAGUCUACACUCAGGAAUCUACCAUCUUCACAACUCCGUCAAGGUCAUCAGAAACUGGUGUGGCCCCUGAAAGCUCUCACACCACAGUCCAACCUGAGGCAUCUACAACCUCCCAGAGCAGUUCAGUUUCAACACAGACAUCUCAACCCACAGAGUCAUUCCAAACGACUGUCUUCACUCUGGAACCCACAACCUUCUCUAGCAGCCCAAUGUUGACAGAAACCAUUGGGCCUCCUCAGAUCAAUCACACCACAGUCCACACUGAGGCAUCUACAGCCUCCCAGAGCAGCCCAGUUCUAUCACAGGCAACUCACACUACUCCAGGAUCUCAAACAACAGUCUUCCCACAGGAAUCUACAACCUUCCCAACCAGCACAAUUUCCACAGAAACAGCUGUAACUCCUGAAAACCCCUACACCUCAGCUCUUCCUCCGCAGUCUACAACCUCCCCACCUAGUCCAAAUUCUACACAAACAUCUCAAGCAACUGAGACAUCCCCAAGAGUCUUCACUCAGGAGUCUACUAUCCUCACAUCCCCCUCCAUUUCAACAGACACAGCUGGACGACCUGAGAGCUCCUACACCUCAGCUGAAAAUGAGGCAUCUACAGCCUCCUCAAGGACCCCAGGGUCAACACAUGAAACUCAACCAACUGAAUCAUGGGAAACCUUGUCCACUCUGGAAUCUACAACUUCCCAAAGGACCCCAAUUUCAACACAUCCAACUCCAGCAACAGAGCCCACCAACACAAUAUUUACUCUGAAGUCUGCCAACUUCCCUGGGAGCUCAAGUUCCACAGAUACAGCUAUUCCUCCUGACACCUCACUCACUACAGGACAGACUGAGCCAUACACAACCUCCCUGAGCAGCUUGAUUUCAACAAUAGCAACUCAAACAACUGAGACAUCUCAAACAACAGUCUUUACUCAGGAGUCUACAAACCUGCCAAGCAGUUCACUUUCCACAGAAACAGCUGAACCUCCUGAGGUCACCCACACCUCAGCCCUGACUGAUGCACCUACAACAUCCCUAAGAAGUCCAAUAUUGACACAGUCAACAGAAGCUUUAGAGACCUCUCAAACAACAGUGUUCAGUCAGGAAUCUACAACAUCCCCAAACAACCUGAUUUCAACCCAUGCAACUCAAGCAACAGACUCUAUGGAAACUGUAUCUACUCAGAAGUCUACAACCUUCCCAAGCAGCUCAGUUUCCACAGGAACAAUUGUUCCUCCUGAGAACUCCCAGACCACACACCCAUCUGAGGCAUCUACAAUACCCCAAAGCAGCCUGAUUCCAACACAAGCAACUCAAGCCACUGAUUCCUUCCAAACAAUCAUCCUCACUCAGGAAUUUACAACCUUUGCAACCAACUCAAUAGCUUCAGAAACAGCUGUACCUCCCGAGAACACCCACUCCACACCGGAACCUGGGGAAUCGACAACAUCCCCAAACAGCCUGAUUACAACACUUGGAACACAAGUCCCUGAGACUUCCAAAACAGUCUUCACUGAGGAAUCUACACCCUUCCCAAGCACCUCAUUUUCCACAGGAACAGCUGUACCUCCUGAGAUCACUCACACCUCAGUCCUGACUGAACCUCUUACAACCUCCCCAAGAAGCCCCAUUUCCACAGAUUCAUCUCAGCCACCUGAUACCUUGCAAACAACCAUCUUCACUCAAGAGUCUACAAUCUCUCCAAGCAGCUCAGUUUCCCCAGAAACAGCCCUACCUACUGAACUGUCCUACAACUCAGCUCUGAAUAAGGAAUCGACGACAUCCCUUAGUAGCCUGAUUUCUACACAUGCCACAGAAGGAACUGAGAAAUCCCCAACAGUCUCCACUCAGGAACCUACAACCAUCCUAAUCCCCUCAAUUUCACUGGAAACAGCUGUACCUCCUGAGGGCUCCCACACCACAGUCCAACCUGAAGCAUCCACAACCUCCCUGAGUAGCUCAUUUUCAACACGAGCAACUGAGACUUCCCAUAAAACAGCCUUACCUCAGGAAUCGACAACUUUCCAGAGCUCCUCAACUUUAAGAGAAAGUGCUGUACCUCCUGAGGGCUCCCACACUACAGUCCAAAUUGAGGCAUCUACAACCUCCCCAAAGAGCUCAAGUUUAACACCUGGAUCUCAACCCACAGAGUCAUUCAAAACGACUGUCUUCACUCUGGAAACCACAACCUUCUCUAGCAGCCCAAUGUUGACAGAAACCACUGGGCCUCCUCAAAUCACUCACACCACAGUCCACACUGAGGCAUCUACAGCCUCCCAGAGCAGCCCAAUUCUGUCACAGGCAACUCACACUACUCCAGGAUCUCAAACAACAGUCUUCCCUCAGGAAUCUACAACCUUCCCAACAAGCACAAUUUCCACAGAAACGGCUGUAACUCCUGAAAACCCCUACACCUCAGCUCUUCCUCCUCAGUCUACAACAUCCCCACCUAGCCCAAAUUCUACACAAACAGCUCAAGCAACUGAGACAUCCUCAAGAGUCUUCACUCAGGAAUCUACUAUCCUCACAUCCCCCUCCAUUUCAACAGACACAGCUGGACCCCCUGAGAGCUCCUACACCUCAGCUGUAAAUGAGGCAUCUACAGCCUCCUCAAGGACCCCAGUGUCAACACAUGAAACUCAACCAGCUGAAUCAUGGAAAACAGUCUUCACUCAGGAACCUACAACUUCCCAAAGCAGCCCAUUAUCAACACAUUCAGCUCAAGCAACAGAAACAUCAAACACCAUCUUUACUCAGAAGUCUGCAACCUUCCAAAGCAGCUCAAGUUCCACAGACACAACUGUGCCUCCAGAUGUCACCCAAACAUCUGUCCUGACUGAGGAGGCAUCUACCACAUCUUCCAGGGGCUCAGUUUCAACACAUGGAACACAACCCACCGACACUUCCCAAAACACAGUCUUCACUCAGGAGCCUACAACCCUCCCAAGAAGCCCAGUUUCCACAGAAACAGCUGCAGCCCCUGACAGCUCCCACACCACCAUCCCAACUGAGGCAACUACAACCUCCUUGACCAGCUCAGUUUCAACACAUGCAACUCAAGCAACUGAAACCUCCAAAGCAGAGUUCACUAAGGAGUCCACAACCUCUCCAAGCAGCUCUGCUUACACAGACACAGUUGUAUCUCCUGUGACCCCCUCCACCUCUUUCCUGACUGAGGACCCAAAAAUUUCCCAAAGCAGCCCAAUUUCAACAGAUGCAACUCCACAUACUGAAGCAUCACAAAUAACAGUGUUCACCCAGGAAUCCACAUCCUCCCCAAGCAGCCUGAUUUCAACCCAUGCAACUCAAGCAACAGAAACCUCAAAAUCAAUUGUUACUCAGGAGUCCACAGCCUCCACAAGCAGCUCGGUGUGGACAGAAACAGCUGUCUCUCCCAGGAGUUCCCACACCACAGUUCCAACUGAGUCACCCUCAGCCUCCCAAAGCAGCCCAGUUGUGACAGAAGCCACUCAAUCUCCUGAGUCUUCUCUAACAACAGUCAUCACCGAGGAAUCUACAACCUUCCCAGCCAGCUCAGUUUCAUCAGAAACUGCUGUACCUCCUGAGGUCACCCACACUUCUUUCCUGACUGAGGCACCUGCUACUUCCCAGAGGAGCCCGAUUUCAACACAGGCAACUCAAGCCAUUGAGACCUCCAAAACUGUCUUCACUCAGGAAUCUACAGACCCUCCCAGCAGCUCAGUUUUCCCAGAAACAGCUCUACCUCCCGACACAUCCUUCACUUCAGCUCCGACUAAGGAAUCAACAACAUCCUCAAGUGCCCUGGUUUCUACACAAGCCACUCAAGGAACUGAGACAUCCCCAACAGUCUACACUCAGGAAUCUACCAUCUUCACAACUCCGUCAAGGUCAUCAGAAACUGGUGUGGCCCCUGAGAGCUCCCACACCACAGUCCAACCUGAGGAAUCUACAACCUCCCCAAGCAGCUCAGUUUCAACACAUGCAAGUCUACCCACCGAGACAUCACAAAUGACGCUGUUCACACAGGAAUCCACAACCUUCCCAGGCAGCUCAGGUUCCAAAGAGACAGCUGUACCUCCUGAGGGCUCCCACACCACAGUCCAGUUUGAGGCCUCCACAACCUCCCCGAGCAGCUCAAUUUCAACACAGACAUCUCAACCCACAGAGUCAUUCCAAAAGACUGUCUUCACUCUGGAACCCACAACCUUCUCUAGCAGCCCAAUGUUGACAGAAACCACUGGGCCUCCUCAGAUCACUCACACCACAGUCCACACUGAGGCAUCUACAGCCUCCCAGAGCAGCCCAAUUCUGUCACAGGCAACUCACAGUACUCCAGGCUCUCAAGCAACAGUUUUCCCUCAGGAAUCUACAACGUUCCAAACCAGCACAAUUUCCACAGAAUCAGCUGUAACUCCUGAAAACCCCUACACCUCAGCUCUUCCUCCUCAGUCUACAACCUCCCCACCUAGCCCAAGUUCUACACAAACAGCUCAAGCAACUCAGACAUCCCCAAGAGUCUUCACUCAGGAAUCUACUAUCCUCACAUCCCUCUCCAUUUCAACAGACACAGCUGGACCCCCUGAGAGCUCCUACACCUCAGCUGUAAAUGAGGCAUCUACAGCCUCCUUAAGGACCCCAGUGUCAACACAUGAAACUCAACCAGCUGAAUCAUGGAAAACAGUCUUCACUCAGGAACCUACCACUUCCCAAAGGAGCCCAGUUUCAACACAUUCAGCUCAAGCAACAGAAACAUCAAACACCAUCUUUACUCAGAAGUCUGCAACCUUCCAAAGCAGCUCAAGUACCACAGAAACCAGUGCGCCUACAGAUGUCACCCAAACAUCUGUCCCGACUGAGGAGGCAUCUACAACAUCUCCCAGGGGCUCGGUUUCAACCCAUGGAACACAACCCACCGACACUUCCCAAAACACAGUCUUCACUCAGGAGCCUACAACCCUCCCAAGAAGCCCAGUUUCCACAGAAACAGCUGCAGCCCCUGACAGCUCACACACCACCAUCCCAACUGAGGCAACUACAACCUCCUUGACCAGCUCAGUUUCAACACAUGCAACUCAAGCAACUGAAACCUCCAAAGCAGAGUUCACUCAGGAGUCCACAACCUCUCCAAGCAGCUCUGCUUACACAGACACAGUUGUAUCUCCUGUGACCCCCUUCACCUCUUUCCUGACUGAGGACCCAAAAAUUUCCCAAAGCAGCCCAAUUUCAACAGAUGCAACUCCACAUACUGAAGCAUCACAAAUAACAGUGUUCACCCAGGAAUCCACAUCCUCCCCAAGCAGCCUGAUUUCAACCCAUGCAACUCAAGCAACAGAAACCUCAAAAGCAAUUGUUACUCAGGAGUCCACAGCCUCCCCAGGCAGCUCGGUGUUGACGGAAACAGCUGUCUCACCUGGGAGCUCCCGCACCACAGUUCCAACUGAGUCACCCUCAUCCUCCCAAAGCAGCCCAGUUGUGACAGAAGCCACUCAAUCUCCUGAGUCUUCUCUAACAACAGUCAUCACCAAGGAAUCUACAACAUUCCCAGUCAGCUCAGUUUCAUCAGAAACUGCUGUACCUCCUGAGGUCACCCACACUUCUUUCCUGACUGAGGCACCUGCUACUUCCCAGAGGAGCCCGAUUUCAACCCAUGCAACUCAAGCCAUUGAGACCUCCAAAACUGUCUUCACUCAGGAAUCUACAGACCCUCCCAGCAGCUCAGUUUUCCCAGAAACAGCUCUACCUCCCGACACAUCCUUCACUUCAGCUCCCACUAAGGAAUCAACAACAUCCUCAAGUGCCCUGGUCUCUACACAAGCCACUCAAGGAACUGAGACAUCCCCAACAGUCUACACUCAGGAAUCUACCAUCUUCACAACUCCCUCAAGGUCAUCAGAAACUGGUGUGGCCCCUGAGAGCUCCCACACCACAGUCCAACCUGAGGCAUCUACAACCUCCCUGAGCAGUUCAGUUUCAACACAUGCAAGUCUACCCACCGAGACAUCACAAAUGACGCUGUUCACCCAGGAAUCCACAACCUCCCCGAGCAGCUCAAUUUCAACACAGACAUCUCAACCCACAGAGUCAUUCCAAACGACUGUCUUCACUCUGGAACCCACAACCUUCUCUAGCAGCCCAAUGUUGACAGAAACCACUGGGCCUCCUCAGAUCACUCACACCACAGUCCACACUGAGGCAUCUACAGCCUCCCAGAGCAGCCCAAUUCUGUCACAGGCGACUCACACUACUCCAGGCUCUCAAACAACAGUCUUCCCACAGGAAUCUACAACCUUCUCAACCAGCACAAUUUCCACAGAAACAGCUGUAACUCCUGAAAACCCCUACACCUCAGCUCUUCCUCUGGAGUCUACAACCUCCCCACCUAGCCCAAGUUCUACACAAACAGCUCAAGCAACUCAGACAUACCCAAGAGUCUUCACUCAGGAAUCUACUAUCCUCACAUCCCUCUCCAUUUCAACAGACACAGCUGGACCCCCUGAGAGCUCCUACACCUCAGCUACACAGCUGGACCCCCUGAGAGCUCCUACACCUCAGCUGUAA